AUUCGGCGUAGUGAUACACUCCGCAGCAGAGGCAAAGUGGUCAGUCAUCAGUGAACACCCUUUCAUCUUGUGUGUGAAGGAGAGUUUGUGCUGUAGUACAGUGACGGGAAAAAAAAACACGUUACCCGGAGCAGUGGAAUUUGUUGAAGGGAAAUGGCUUCUGGGGUAACAGUGUCAGAUGCGUGUAAAACUACAUAUGAAGAAAUAAAGAAAGAUAAGAAACAUCGUUAUGUUGUUUUCUUCAUUAGAGAUGAAAAACAGAUUGAUGUGGAAUAUAUAGGUGAACGCAAUGCUACAUACGAUCAAUUUCUAGAAGACCUUCAAAAGGGUGGUACUGGUGAAUGUCGAUAUGGUCUGUUCGACUUCGAAUACACGCACCAAUGUCAAGGCACUUCUGAGGCCUCGAAGAAGCAGAAGCUGUUUCUCAUGUCCUGGUGCCCAGACACAGCCAAAGUCAAGAAGAAGAUGUUGUACUCUUCUAGCUUCGAUGCUCUGAAGAAAUCGUUGGUUGGUGUGCAGAAGUAUAUUCAGGCCACAGACAUGUCUGAAGCUUCUCAAGAAGCUGUUGAAGAGAAACUUCGUGCCACAGACAGACAGUAAGGCGCAGUUUUCUUCUGAAGACUCCACAAACUGCUUUGCCCGUGAUGGACCUAUGAUCCAGAGCCCAACAAGUAUCUAGUCUCGUUGGCUCAUGAGCAAACUGUUUUCAUGUCAGUGGAGUUUAUACUUUAUGGUAUUGUAUUACAAAGUGAAGAAAACAAAAGGCGACUUGGGGAGGGGUAAACUCGAAUUUAAAGCCUGUUGGCGUUAUUAAACUAUGUAAUUACUAUCAUUAUAUUUGGUAAUUCAAAAAUUGGUCAUAAUUAUUGUAAUAAUGGUAGUAUUUGCUGAUUCCAGCUAAUUUCUACCAUUCUACUCAACUGAAAAUUUUUGUAUUGGAUGUCUUCUUGUAGGAUUUUUUAUGUCAUUGCUGAGUAUGUAUUAAAUUUAUUUGUAAUGAA